AUGUUUGACCGAACUGCUAUAGCCAAUCCACAGUCAAUGUAUGCGAAAUGUCGAAGUCAAUCGCAAAUAAAUGUACCGUCACCGGUACUUAGAAGGGCGAUGCAUACGGCAAGGAUUCAGAAUCUUGUAAAGAAGUUACAACGUCCACCAAGUGGGGACAACGUCUACAUAAAUAGCAGCUAUUCCGGUCGAAUUUUUAUGGCUGACCAAGAAGAGGUGGCCAAAAUUUGCGAAGAAUAUCAAAAAGUUGCUGAUAAAUAUGGACUUUUUGAGCGGAUGUUCAUUCAAUUAUUCCUGGAAGAAGAAGUCGAACUUUCUGUACAUUUUGGGCUUGACAACCUGAAAGAAGAUGAGCUGCGUAAAGAUCAACGAUUUCGGACACAUGUUGGGAAAUUUCAACGAUUUUUGACGGGUAUUAUGGAAAUGCUGUCCAAAGGUCCCGAUCAAGCAGAAAAUAUUGUGCAAGUGCUUAGGAUCGUCGGUCGACAACACGGAAACGUUCGCUCAAUGAGCUUUACAGCCGAAAAGUGGCUCAUCUUCAAAAAUGUCCUGCUCUCAUUACUUUGUCGUGACUCAACGGAGAAGGUCUAUUCAACAUGGAGCAAAUUUAUAAGCUUUGUGAUCUACGAAAUCAAGGACGCGUAUCUCGAGCAGGUCCGACAUGCCCGAUCAUCGUCAUGUCCCCAUAUCGCCGAGUUCUCGGUAUUCCGUCGGCCUGAUCAAAGGACCAAAUCCAUAUGCGCUAAAGAACUUUUACAAAACAAGUAACUGCACAAUUCCACGGAUACGAGUAUCUUCUCAAUAGCUACGUAUUUCUCAUACUGUUAUAUGAAUUGUACAUAUCUCAUGAAACCUUUGGUAAUUUACUGGGGUGGUCUAAAUUUCGACUUACUGUAUUACUUAUUGUAUAGAGAUCUCAAAAAAUGUCUUUAAGAGUAAUAAACAUGACCGUUUGCACUCCCCUGACCAUGUCAUCUUCUUCAGUUUAUGGACCAACAUUAUAGGCACAGAUAGGCAGACCCCCCAUUCAUUUGUACGAAUCCCACCCCUCCAGUAUCAUUGUUGAUCAAUGUUCACUUUGUUCAGAAUGUUUUACAAGUAAUCCUUUCUAUAUGCACUGCUUCUGGACUAUGUAUACAGAUUUUUUUGAGUGAGUUCAAUUGAAAUCUUGAGUUUUACAAAUAUUAAAUUCUUUGUGGAC